UCAUUGUUGGCGGGAAAAUUAAGCCCUAACCGAGUUCGCGAGCCACAUACCCCUGCCCCCCUCCUCGAAUUCGCCGAGAUCUGCGCCAAUCGUACCGGGCACGGGAAUCUCAAUGGAGACGGCGGCGAAGGUGGUGAGCGAGGCGGAGGAGCUCCCCAAGACCAUCGUCCGGCGCGUCGUGAAGGAGAAGCUCUCCAGGUGCUCCGACGACGGCGACGUCGCCCUCCACAAGGAAGCCCUCCUCGCCUUCUCCGAGAGCGCUCGCAUCUUCAUCCACUACCUCUCCGCCACAGCGAAUGACAUAUGCAAAGAAUCGAAAAGGCAGACUAUUAAUGCUGAUGACGUAUUAAAGGCGCUGGAGGAGAUGGAAUUUCCCGAGUUCAUAGGCCCUCUUAGAGCGUCCCUUGAUGAGUUCAGGAAGCAAAAUGCUGGAAAAAAGGAAAGGGCUAAGGCAAAAGAAUCGAUGAAGAAGAAGAUGGAGGGAGAACCUUCACAAGCAAAAGGAGAUGGUGAGAGAGAGAAAAAUGGAGGCACUAGCAAUGGCGCUGAAGAAGAAAGUGGAACUGUGGUUAAAGAGAAGGCUAAGGCCAAAGAAUCAGCCAAGAGAAAGAUGGAGGGAGAUCCUUCCCAAGCAAAAGGAGAUGGCGAGAGAAAGAAAAAUGGAGGCACAAGUAAUGGAACUGAAGAAGAAAGUGGAACUGUGGUUAAAGACAAGUCUAAGGCUAAAGAAUCGACCAAGAGAAAGGCAGAGGAAGAACCUUCUCAAGCAAAACGAGAUGACGAGAGAAAGGAAAAUGAAGGCACUAGUAAUGGAACUGAAGAAAGUGGAACUGUGGUUAAAGACAAGGCUAAGGCUAAAUCGACCAAGAGAAAGACGGAGGGAGAACCUUCCCAAGCAAAAGUAGACGACGAGAGAAAGAAAAAUGGUCUCACUAGUAAUGGAACUGAAGAAGAAAGUGGAACUGUGGUUAAAGACAAAGCUAAGGCCAAAGAAUCAACCAAGAGAAAGAUGGAGGGAGAACCUUCCCAAACCAAAGAAGGUGGCAAGAGAAAGAAAAAUGUAGGCAUUAAUAAGGGCUCUGAAGAAUAAAGUUUAAUUGAGGUCGACGUCUGAGUGGGCGAAAAGUUAUUUGACUGGACGAAUUACAGGUUCCUAUCAGCAAGCAGCAGCAUGCAAAGUGAGGCAUCCAAUGGAAGAAACACAUCCCAUAUAUCAUCUACUCAGGUUCAUAAAAGUCAAGCUUCAUGAUUUAGGGCAUGCUUAGAAUGAGCUCACUCCAUCCAAGAACGGUUCAGCAUAUAAGAGCAUCUUCUAUCAGUAACUGAUGCUAGUGGAUACUUUAGAACAGCUUAUAUGUCCAGUUCGUAAUGAUCAGUGGAGUGGUGCCGAGUGGUGUUUGGUAAAUUGUAUUGUUCUGGCUUCAUAUGUUUUCAUUAAUAUUAUCUGGUUCUCGAACAAGUAACUUUUAUAGCUCAUGGAUACUGUGAUCUUGCCCA